AUGGAGGGACAGCAAAGGAUCACAUUACACCCGCCCAGGCUAGUUUUCUGUUUCACGAGCAGCAAGGACACACAAUACAUCGAGGACGUACUAAAAGACUUCUUAGCCAGAAAAGAAAGAGGGGAAUUGAUUGGGCAGAAAACAAGCUUCCUUAAACGGAAUAUUUUGAAAGAGUUAUAUUUGAAAAGCGAUCAUAAAACAUUCGAGAAGUGUGCCUUGAAAUCCCGCCUACAGGAAGUGAGUUUGACUGACCAGCCCUCAUUCCUGUCAUGCUGACAAGCUGUUUACCAUGACCCUCAAUUACGUCUUGAAUAUGAAGGAUGCCCUGUUCCUGCAAACUCAAAAGUGCUUAUCAGUCAUUGCAAGACAAACCAAUGCUUGGCCGCUCUUGAACACUACACUUUAUUGACACUGUAUGGAAAAGAAUAUGAAGUCACAGCACACACCUAUCUGGACUCUCAUAAGGCUGAGCGUGAUCUUAAUCACUGGCUUCUGGUAACCAGGAACCUGGGCAAAGACGCACCAACAAUGAUCGACAGACCUGAGCCACCAGUUGAAACAACAAGGACACCAGCUGAAGGGGCUAUGCCACAAACUGUGGAAGAGAAACCACAAACUGUGAAGGAGAAGCCACAAACUGUGGAGGAGAAACCACAAACUGUGGAGGAGAAACCACAAACUGUGGAGGAGAAGCCACAAACUGUGGAGGAGAAACCACAAACUGUGGAGGAGAAGCCACAAACUGUGGAGGAGAAGCCACAAACUGUGGAGGAGAAGCCACAAACUGUGAAGGAGAAGCCACAGACUAUGGAGGGGUAACCACAAACUGUGGAGGGGAAUGGUGGUUUAUAGAAAAACAAUAGCAAAAAUGAAAUAUGGAAUGUCAAAAAAUAAUGGCAGAAGUGUUUUCUUAAAUGGCCUUAAACAUAUAAUAGUUACUUCAGUACAAAUAUUCAAGACUUCUGACAAAAACAGGAUAUAAAUAAAUCUUGCUGUAAAUAAAAUCAUGUCAUCAUAUUUGUGAAUUGAAUUACAGUUGUUAUUCUGUCUAUAAUAAUUCCACAAUAAAUGUUGCCUCAGUUCAGUAAAUCAGUAAAUGUAAUCUUUAAUUUCCACCAGCAGAGGGAGAUGAAAACUUUAUAGAUAAUAAGGUUAAAUAAAGCACAGUGAAAGCAGGACAGAGUAUAGGCAAUCAUGGUAAUUGUGUAGGCAAGUAUGAUAAAUCAUUGAUGAAUUGCUGCACAACGUUUACCAUGGUAAAUGGCUCCUGUACAUUAUACACUUUCAGUUCUUGAACUUAUAAAGCCUCAUAAUACAAUCUGGGGGUCGUGAAUUGGCUUGUUUGCACCACACAGAAAUUCAUUGCAGGGUUAACUUAAGCACUACUCAGCUACUUAAACUUCUUUUAUGUUCAUCCAUAAUUUAAAGAUACUUAACUAUCCCCGUGUGCUGAUUUAGUUCACAGAUGACUGUAUACCCCUGCUGUCAAAUGGAUUCUGUGGGAAUAUGAGUUCAUGCAGCAGGCUCUUGGUUUGAUGAACAAGGCUUCUUUAGUGUAAUUACAGUACUGUACAGAGACUAGCCAACACUGAAGACUUCUGCAGGAUGCACGCGAUGUCAUUCAAGUUGUGUAAUAAUCAAGGGAGACCUUUGAGAAACAAUCUCACUACUGUCUGAAAUACUAGCGGGACAAAAUCACAUGUUGUUUCAGUUAUACGGGAAAUUCUCUUGAACAAUUUAUUACAAUAUCUUUAUCCUUUUUUUUUUUUUGUAUAUUAUUUGA